AUGAAGAAAAAGUUUGGAGGCAACGAAAGAGUGAAGUGGUCCCUUCUCCAAACUUUAAGAAGAGAUUUUGAGGUUCUUGAAAUGAAGAACGAAGAGAACAUCGAUGAUUAUUUAGGAAGAGUAAUGGCUGUCUCCAAUAAGAUGAGAAGCAACGGAGAAGAUAUGUCAGAUUCGAAGAUUGUUGAGAAAAUACUUCGAACUCUGACUGACAAAUUCAAAUAUGUGGUGGUAGCCAUCGAAGAGUCAAAAGACACAAGAAAGAUGAUGAUUGAUGAUCUGCAAAGAUCUCUGUCUGUACAUGAAAAGAAAUUCAAGAAGAUCAGUCAUGAAGAAGGUGAUCAAGCUCUCAAUCUCAGAGGCUGA